AAUUCUUCCACUUUCCCCGCUCUUCAUUUAGGUGCUCCGACCAGUCACAGAGCACCUUCUUGCGCGAGCCAAGGUGAGGCCUUGGCCCAUGCCAUGCAAAUUACCGAGAGCAAUCUGAAUGUGUAGUAAAUGUCGCGAGGGAGCUAGAAAUCACGAGACUGCCAGCGUCCAAUCUUUCAAAGGGAGAUUUCUCGUUAUAAAAUUGGAAGGAAGACGCGACGCGUGCGAUUUGAACUCGCGAGGAGAGAUGGGCCGGGCGGCGAGGUGGUUCCGCAAUCUUUGGAGUUUGAGUAAGGAGAACAAGCAGACUAAGGACUCCUCCAGUACUGAGGCGAGGGCGGAGAAGAAAAGAUGGAGCUUUCGUAAGUCGCAGGACUCCGGCGACGUGACGUUGGGCCAGAACGCAGCUUCGGCGGCGGCCAUCGAGGCGGCGUGGUUCAAGUGCUUCUACGACGAAAGCAAGAUGAGGCAGAGCAAGAACGCGAUCGCUGUGGCCGCCGCCGUGGUGCAUCUCGCCGGAAAUGGAGCGAGCGCCGCUGUUGUCGCCUCCUACGAGUCGGCGGCGGCGGCGGCGGCGGCUGUGCGGAUUCAAGCAGCUUUCAGGGGCUACUUGGCAAGGAAAGCUCACAGAGCUCUCAAGGCACUGGUCAAACUGCAAGCUUUGGUCAGAGGGUAUCUUGUUCGCAAGGAAGCCGCCGCCGCUCUGCACAGAAUGCAGGCGCUCAUCCGAGCUCAGGCCACAGUUCGAGCUCAAAGAUCCCGGAAUCUGAUCUCCGACGAAAGAAUCUUUCUACCGGAGAUCCGCCAUCGGAGAUCCUUAGAAAAGCUCGAGAUCGACGUCCGAGACCGGCGGCUCUCGACAGGCUUCGACGGGGCCUUGCUCGCCAGAAGCCCGAACAUCGUUGAGGUCGACACGUGGCGUGCAAAGCUGAGACCUUGCUGCCGGAACAGUAGUCUCUCUGCUUCAGAGAGCGACGUUUCUAUUCUCCAUUCGUUCACUUCUCCACUUCCAAUUCAAGUCCCGGCCCGGAUCUCGAUCCCCAGCCGUUUCCACUUCCCAGAGAACGAGUGGUGGACCACCGGCAAGAAGUGCCGGCUCCCCGCCACGGCGCAUAGCACGCCACGGUACAGGAAUGACUCGAGCUCCCCUAACUACAUGACGAACACGCAGUCGUCGACGGCGAAGCUGAGGAAGCGGCAGCCGUUGAGCGAGGUGCACCUGAACUCCGGGAUUAGCGGCGCGACGCCGAUGCCAUGCAUUCAUCAACCGCAAGAGCCAUUUGCAUGGAUUCCUCGGCGGGGAAGCAAAGAGUGAAAUUUACCUGCAAACAACGUAGAAAACCUUGUUUUCUUUUUCUGCAAUGAUGAACAAUUCAGGUGAAUUUGGAA